CCCCAUUUGCUCAACGCCGCCAGCGCUGCCUCUGUGCUACGUGAGGAAAGUGACGUAUUUUGGUCAGAAUUGAGGGAGCCGCCGUGGGUGCGUGAGGAUUGUAGCUGGGCUGGUUAUUGAGGAGGCUACGGACGUCAACAACAUGGCUCAACAGAAAAAUCUGGAAGGAUAUGUUGGCUUUGCAGACCUUCCCAACCAGGUGUACAGAAAGUCUGUCAAGAGAGGUUUUGAAUUCACACUCAUGGUCGUAGGGGAAUCUGGACUGGGGAAGUCUACACUUAUCAACUCACUUUUCCUGACGGAUCUGUAUUCCUCCGAAUACCCCGGCCCCUCACAUAGAAUCAAGCAAACUGUACAGGUGGAACAGUCCAAAGUUUUGAUAAAGGAAGGGGGGGUCCAGCUUCUCCUUACAAUAGUUGACACCCCCGGAUUUGGUGAUGCUGUGGACAACAGUAACUGCUGGCAGCCAGUCAUCGACCACAUCGACAGCAAGUUUGAGGACUACCUUAAUGCGGAGUCCCGCGUCAACAGGCGACAGAUGCCCGACAGCAGAGUGCACUCCUGCCUCUACUUCAUCGCCCCCUCAGGACACGGACUGAAGCCAUUGGAUAUCGAAUUCAUGAAACGGUUACAUGAGAAAGUAAACAUUAUUCCACUCAUUGCCAAGGCUGAUACACUCACUCCCGAAGAGUGCCAGCAGUUCAAGAAGCAGAUUAUGCGAGAAAUCCAAGAGCACAAGAUCAAAAUCUACGAGUUCCCAGAGGUGCAUGACGAGGAGGAGAGCAAGCUGGCGAAAAAGAUCAAGGACCGCUUGCCUCUGGCUGUCGUCGGUAGCAACACUUCCGUAGAGGUCAACGGCAAGCGGGUUCGAGGGAGGCAGUACCCCUGGGGCAUAGCUGAAGUGGAGAACGGGGAGCAUUGUGACUUCACUAUCCUACGAGACAUGCUGAUCAGGACCCACAUGCAGGACCUGAAGGACGUGACCAACAACGUUCACUAUGAGAACUACAGGAGCAGGAAGCUGGCGGCCGUCACCUACAACGGCGUCGAGAACGACAAGAACAAGAGCCAGCUCACCAAACUUGACACAGUUGAAGGCAUAAGCCCACUGGCCCAGAUGGAGGAAGAACGCAGGGAGCAUGUGGCCAAGAUGAAGAAGAUGGAGAUGGAAAUGGAGCAGGUCUUUGAGAUGAAGGUCAAGGAGAAGAUACAGAAGCUGAAGGACUCUGAGGCAGAGCUGCAGCGACGCCAUGAACAGAUGAAAAAGAACCUGGAGGCUCAACACAAGGAGCUGGAGGAGAAGCGUCGCCAACUCGAGGAGGACAAGGCCAACUGGGAGACACAGCGGCAGCUGGAGCAGCAGAAACUGGACGCCACCAGGACCUUGGAAAAGAACAAAAAGAAGGGAAAGAUCUUUUAAAGUCUUUGGGAACUCUGUUUUACUCUAUGCCGAUAUGCCAGUCUGGAAGUCAGUGUUUCGUGUAACCAGCAACACACCAAGCAUGCUGGGAUGGCCAGAAUGGUGGUGUUGAUGGACAGGGGUUUUCCCUCAGGAGGUCCUGAAUGUGAUCACUUUUACUGUUAUCACGUUUGUGUUUGUUUGAAAGACAAGUUUAUGCAAUGAAAAAUAUCCAGAUGAUAUACAAUCGUUUUUAGUGGCCAGUGUGGUUGCACAGAUGAAACCUUUGUUCUUCCAUUAAACUGUUUGAUGUUUCCCAGCAACGUACCAUUACUGUCCUUUCCUGUGUACUAUGUUCUCCAUACUACAACAUGUGGAACCUCCUGCUAGGUAGAGUGACCUGAUGAAAAUUCCUUCAUAGGUGUCAACUCUCUCUCUCACUCAGGCUUUUGAUAGACAAGAUGAAGAGAAACUUAAAAUGGCAACUUUUAAAGAAAGAAAUGACUGCUUUAUUUUCCAAAAUGUAUUUGCUUAUAUUUCUUGUAAUUUAAAUUACUUAGCCUUGGACCAUCACAUAUAACUUUUUUUCCAUGGGAUUUUUUAAUUUUUAUUUCUUUUAUAUAUUGGCCCUUUUAAAGUAAAAUGUUUAGCUUUUGGAAGGAUGGAUUGGUUUAUUGACAGGAUGAACUAAUUUUACUAGAUACCUCUAUAUUAAUAAUAAAAAAAAUCUCUGUAACAGUAUUCAUGACUGUAUCAGAAUUGGAUUUCCAGACAAAUUCGAAUCCAUAAAUUUUCCAUAGCUUUGUUCAUCUGUGAUAUAUACAUUAUGUAUUUUUCAUUUGUAUUAAAAUGUCACAUAAUAAACUUGUGAUGAUAUAA